AUGAGCCAGACUGGGAUGAGUACCUGCAAUGACACUUCGACGCUCAAGUCAGUAUCAAAGUCAGGCUUAUGUGAGUCGUACGUAAGUGUUGCAAUUCGAAUGGCUUGGGAUUGCAUUAAUAGGUUGCAGUGCUGUGGGAACCUAUCACCUGAACCACACUAUCCGUCGAUGACAAGGUAUCCGAAAGGCACGUCACAUGAAGCAAAGAAGGUUGUUGAAGGAUCAGAGUCGUCCAAAGUUGUUUUAUGUGUUAUGGGAAUGACGUGUGCUGCUUGUGCUGGAUCCGUUGAGAAAGCCAUCAAGCGCUUACCUGGUAUUCGAGAGGCCGUUGUUGAUGUCUUGAAUAAUAAAGCCCAGGUUCUAUACUAUCCUGCUAUGGUUCAAGAGGAGAGGAUAUGUGAGGCCAUUGAAGAUGCGGGAUUUGAAGCCAAACUCAUUGAAGAAGAAUCCAAUGACACCUCUUCUCAAAUAUGUCGAAUACACAUAAGGGGAAUGACUUGUACUUCUUGCUCAUCCACUGUUGAAUCAGCUUUGCAAACCCUUCAUGGGGUGCACAAAGCACGUGUGGCCUUGGCAACCGAAGAAGCUGAAGUCCGUUAUGACCCUAACAUUCUCACCUACAAUCACCUAAUGGAAGCUAUACAAGACACUGGGUUUGAAGCCGUAUUAAUAAGCACAGGUGAACACAUAACCAAGAUAGAGCUUAAAAUUGAUGGCAUUAAGAAUGAGCAAUCCUUGACUGCCAUUGAACACUCUCUUCAGACACUCUCAGGUGUUGAAACCAUAGACAUAUAUCCAGAAAUAAAUAAAAUUUCCAUAACUUAUAAACCAUACAUGACAGGACCAAGAACCUUCAUUCAAGUCAUAGAAUCUACAGGAUCUGGUUGUUUUAGAGCUGUGAUAUUCCCAAAUGAUGGAGGAAGAGAAACACAUAGACAGGAGGAAAUUAACCGAUACUUCAAAUUGUUCAUAUGGUGUUUGGUUUUCACCAUUCCUGUUUUUCUGACAUCCAUGGUCCUUAUGUAUAUACCUGGAGUUAAACAUGUUUUGGAUAUCAAAGUUGUCAAUAUGCUGAGAAUUGGACAACUCUUUAGGUUUGAAUUUUCGACCCCAGUACAGUUUAUCAUAGGCAGGAGAUUCUACAUUGGGUCCUAUAAAGCUUUGCGCCAAGGUUCUUCUAACAUGGAUGUGUUAAUAGCCUUAGGAACAAAUGCAGCCUACUUCUAUUCUGUCUAUGUUGUGGUAAGAGCUGCUUUCUGUCACCAUUUCGAAGGCAAUGAUUUUUUUGAGACCAGCUCUAUGCUUAUUUCAUUUAUUCUGCUUGGAAAGUAUUUGGAAGUUUUGGCAAAGGGGAAGACAUCCCAGGCCAUUGCCAAGCUUAUGGACUUGACCCCUGAGACAGCAACCUUGUUAACUAAAGAUGAUGAAGGAAAUGUCAUUAGUGAACAACAAAUUGAUAGCCGUUUGAUUCAAAAGAAUGACGUGAUCAAAAUUGUUCCUGGUGCAAAAGUAGCCGCAGAUGGUUUUGUCACAUGGGGACAAAGCCACAUAAAUGAGAGCAUGAUAACUGGAGAGGCAAGGCCUGUGGCAAAGAGGAAGGGUGAUAUGGUGAUUGGAGGCACUGUGAAUGAGAAUGGUGUUUUGCAUGUCAAGGUAACAAGGGUUGGAUCAGAGAGUGCCCUUUCCCAGAUUGUUAGACUUGUUGAGUCUGCACAAAUGGCUAAAGCUCCUGUUCAGAAACUUGCAGACCACAUUUCUAAAUAUUUUGUUCCUCUAGUCAUUGUGCUUUCUCUAUCAACAUGGCUUUCCUGGUUUCUAGCUGGAAAGUUACAAGCAUACCCAAAAUCCUGGAUACCUUCCUCCAUGAACAGCUUUGAGCUUGCACUUCAGUUUGGGAUUUCUGUCAUGGUCAUAGCCUGCCCUUGUGCUCUAGGCCUUGCCACUCCUACAGCUGUCAUGGUAGGUACUGGAGUUGGUGCAACUCAAGGUGUGUUGAUCAAAGGGGGGCAAGCGUUAGAAAGUGCACACAAGGUGAAUUGCAUUGUGUUCGACAAGACAGGGACUCUCACAGUUGGGAAGCCAGUGGUUGUAACUACAAAACUCUUCAAAAAGAUGUCACUAAGAGAUUUCUACGAAUUUGUUGCUGCAGCAGAGGUGAACAGCGAACAUCCAAUAGCCAAGGCUAUUGUUGAGCACGCCAAGAAAAUCAUAGAAGAUGAACAAAAUCAUUCCUGGCCAGAAGCACGAGACUUUGUUUCUGUUUCUGGCCAUGGAGUGAAGGCCAUAGUUCGAAACAAGGAAAUAAUGGUCGGGAACAAAAAAUUGAUGCUUGAUCAUAACGUAAUCAUUCCAGUGGAUGCUGAAGAAAUACUAGCAGAAGCUGAAAGACAAGCUCAAACUGGGAUUUUAAUAUCCCUGGAUGGAGAAAUCGCCGGUGUUUUGGCAGUAUCUGACCCAUUGAAACCUGAUGCCAAAGAAGUUAUUUCCAUUCUUAACUCCAUGAAAAUCAGGAGCAUCAUGGUAACAGGUGAUAACUGGGGAACUGCCAAUUCUAUAGCCAGACAAGCUGGUAUUGAAACUGUAAUGGCAGAGGCUCAACCUGAAGCUAAAGCAAAUAAAGUAAAAGAUUUGCAGACUUGUGGCUACACUGUGGCAAUGGUGGGAGAUGGCAUCAAUGAUUCACCAGCACUUGUAGCUGCUGAUGUUGGAAUGGCAAUUGGUGCUGGCACAGACAUAGCUAUUGAAGCAGCUGACAUUGUUCUCAUGAAGAGCAACUUGGAGGAUAUAAUAAUUGCCAUUGACCUUGCAAAGAAAACUUUCUCCCGUAUACGUUUAAACUACAUUUGGGCUCUGAGUUACAAUCUGCUAGCCAUCCCAAUUGCUGCGGGCUUCCUUUACCCAUCCACUAGAUUCAGAUUACCACCAUGGAUUGCUGGAGCUGCAAUGGCUGCAUCUUCUGUCAGUGUUGUUUGCUCCUCCCUCUUGUUAAAGAAUUACAAGAGACCAAAGAAGCUAAACAACUCAGAGAUAAAUGGUAUAAAGGUUGAAUAA